UCACACGAGGAAGAGAUCCGGAGCAUGGUGGCUUUCUGACACCCAGGUCGACAACGAAGAGCGUCAGUGAACAACUGGCUUUUUGAACAAUGAGCCCCACUGCUGUCAACCGAGCGACGUGGUAAUUUCAAGACGCUGGGGUGAUUUGUUGUGACUGUGUGUGUGACAACGCUGUUCCAUUGCACUGUGUGUCUGUUCAGUUUACACGUGAGUUUCUGGUAUGGGAGUUCGGACUAUAUUAUUGGACACGACAUACGAUUUAGACCUUCCACAGAGGAGAGUGUGUUCUUGACGAGUGUAACCACUGCACCCUUUGGUCGAUUUUCCCGGUCUUGUCAGUGAAGUUGAUAGCCUCGGACAACGAAUCUAUGAGAGCUGUUGAGAAAUGCCCCAGGGACGUGUGAAGCCAUGGCGCUGCGGUUUGAAGCUUCUGUGACUCUUCUUCUCAUACUUGGGCUGACGUCCUCAGAAGCAUUCAACUGCAAAUGGUCGAAUGAAGGGUGCACUUCAUAUAGCGAGUGUUGCAGCAAGCGGUGUGAACAGCGACACCCGGGAACAAACCCGCGCUGUACGAAGAGCAUGCUCAACCAAUUCUGUCUGAACACAUACCAGUGCGAAGAUAGACUCCUGUGUGGCAAGAAAAACCGCUGCUGCGCCAAGUACUGGGGCGCGUGUCGGCGAAAAUGGGAUUGCUGCGAGCCGGAUCAGUUCUGUCUGGAGGUAGACGGGUUCUACUACCGGCGCUGUCUGUACGGCAAGGUGGUUUACAAGAGUCGCGGCGCUCAAGAGGUUGUGAUGUCAACUUUUUUACACUUUGUUUACCCGAUACUUACCUUUAAUAUUGUUUACACCUACUCCUAACACUUGCUCACGAUUCCCACGAAUUAUUUAUUUAUUGGUUUAUUAUUAUUAUUAUUAUCAUUCCACUUAUUGUGAUGUUUAUUUCAGUGUAAUAAAUGCUUUUAGUAAACUCGUGUGUUGGUUGUUGAUACUGUAAGGUAAAGCGUCGGCGUACGUACUAUAAUUUUUUGUAGCAGGGGCGUCGGAGCUGAGGCAGCUGCCGCCCCAACUAUUUGGCAAGAGACGAUUUUAAAGUGUUUAACUUUCCUUGAGAAAGAUAAAUUUGAGAAAUUUUCGUAGGAGACUCCCCCCGAACCCCCUACAACAAGAGGACAAUUUCCUCCCGCACCCACCCCCGGCUCCGCAAUGUCAAAUUCCUUCAGACGCCCCUGUGUGUGUGGGGUGGGGGUGGGUGCAGACUGAUUUUUGCCCCAAUCUGAAUAACAACGUUUAUUUAUAUUUGUAU